AUGGAGACAGACAUCGGCCUCAGCGUGUCCUCCUGCUGCAGCGGAAGCAGAAACAGCACGUUUCCUGCUUUACACACUUUACGCUGCAGACAUGAAGACUCUGAGUCCUGUCGAGGGCCGGAGUCUGUCCUUCUCUUACUCUGCUCCGAACCUGGAAAACAAGCUUCUCUCCCAAAGCCCUCCCCCCUCACAUCCACCACGUCCAGACUCCUGUGUGACCCCGCCUCCUGCAGCAGCGCCCGUCUGUUCACCCAGAACCCCCUGCUGCAGCGCCAGACCCCUGUCCUGGCCACGCGCACACUGCCCCUAGUGUCCGGGAGGUCUCUGCUCAGCCGCUCCACACAGGGUGCACAUGUGGGUCAUGUGUGGCCCCCGGUGUGCGGAGCAGGAGCCGGCACCAGUCUGGUAAGACCAGGUGGAGCCGGCACCAGUGAGCAUCGCUCUGAGGACGUGGACAUGACUGAGGAGGAGCAGGAGGAGCAGGAGGAGUAUGAGGAGGAGGAGGAGGAGGAGGAGGAAGAGGGGAGCAUGUCGGCCAUGUUUGUGUCCCCUGCUGAGGAGGAAGAGACAGAGGCUGAAGUCAUGAAGCAGGAGUUUGAGGAACUGAAGAGGGACAAGGAGGAGCAGGAGGAGCAGAUCAAGGACAUGAAGUACCAGCUGCUGAACCAUGUGUGCUGCUCGCUGGUGAAUAAGUCCAAGUCUCCGGGAGAAGAGGACUGGGACUCUGAGGAGUCCGUGUGGACCAGGAUCAUGGACUUGGCCAAAGACGUCUCUGAGCACAACCCUCAGUUUCUGCUCAAGGUGGCGGUUUACACUCGUCAGGAGUUGAAUAUCCGGAUCACGGCUAACUUCCUGUUAGCUUUAGCGGCUAACCUCAGCUCCACAAAGUCCCACGUCCGUCGGUACCUGUGCGCCGCGGUGCAGCUGCCCUCUGAUUGGCUGGAGGUGGUUCGCAUCUACAGCACUUGUUUCAGUCGCUCUCUUCCUUCGUGUCUGAAGAAAGGACUGAGCGACAAGUUCAAAGACUUCACUGAAUAUCAACUCUCAAAGUACAACACCCGCAAACACCGCUGCAAACACAACAGGAAGUCCUGCGGGAAGAAACCAUCGGAGAAGCAGCUGACACAAUGGGCCAACCUGAUCCGAGCAGAGCCAGCGGUGCUCAGGUCCCUGGUGAGUGCUGGUGCCUGA